AGGAGGAAGUUGGAGCUGCGCUCAGGUGUUCUUGGUCACUCUCUGCACCCAGUUCAGGACCUGUUCUAUCAGACCAUGACAAGAAACUGCCAUGCCUCGUGUGUCCUCACCAUCAUGGUCCUCUUCACAUCUUUAUCCUUCCUUCAUCUCUCCACACCCAACCCAGUUUCUACGUUUGGAGAUUAUGACGACGCACCCAGAGAGGUUCUUCCCAGGCUUCCAGUUUAUGAAAACACCGAACGAACGCAGGAGAGACGGAAAAGAGCCUUGAGAGACCAAACUGAGCAAGAAGAGGAACUCUUUAAAGAUGUAGAUCCCAAAAGACUAGCUGCUGUGUUACUGGAGGCUCUGAAUCACACACACAUGGAAAGAGAGAGGGAUGAAGAGAACUAUAACAGCAUGGAAGAAGAGACACAGACUGAGAGAGACGAGAUUCAAAAAGAAGAACCACACGGUGAGAGAGUGUCAAGAAACAGAGAAAGAGACGGGCAGAAAGAGCUGGAGCGGUUUAUUGCUUCACACGGCAAAGAACAGGAACGGGAGGAGGACGAGGAGAAGAAGAAAGCUCUGGAAGAGGAGGAGAAGAUAACUGAGAAGGUGACAAGCCACACAACAAGUCAGACGGUCCAAAUUCAAACAAAGCAGCAGCCAAAUGGUUCAGACGGAACAGCAGAGAGCGGUGCUGCUAACCAGCAGGGAUCAUCCAACCCAGAGCAAAGCAGCUACGAAGAGGAGGAGCAGCUCAAUCCUGAGGAGCUGAAGAGUCUGGAGACCGUGAUGAAGGAGUUUCCACGUCUUAACAGUAAAAGAGAUGGUGCUUUGGAGGAGCAGCAGAGAAACACUAGAGGUUACAGCAGCUACAACGACAUCAUUCCGAUAAAUAAGGGCAGUGACCUCGCCAUGACCAAGAAAAAAUUAAAAUGGCAGGAGGAAACACAGAAAGCAGUGUACUUCCCAACAUUUACCGGAGGCAAUUCUGUAGAGGAAUCAGAGGACGGCAACUAUAUUAGCAAAGCAACCCAGCCCCCAACUCCAACUGAACAGAAAGGGGUGCAAGAUGAUUACACAGACGAGGAAGAGGAGGAGGAAUUGCUCAGCCCAGAGGAGGAGGAAGCCCGAGCCAAAGUGGAGCAGGAGGAGAUGAUGAGGCAGGCAGCAGAGGCACAAAAAGCCAAAAUGGAAGAGGAAAAGCUGGCUGACAUCGCCUCAGACAUGUUGCUGAGCUACAUGGGUAAACAAAAUAAAGGUGACAAGAAGCACAGCUUGUCUAUGUUGAAUGCGGCAGAGGAUAAGAGAUCGGAUGAGGAAGUGACAGAGGAGGACGACCUUGACCCUCAGACCAUUGACAAGUUGAUUGAGAUUUCCAGUAAAUUGCACCUCCCCGCUGAUGACGUCGUGGACAUAAUCACUGAUGUUGAGAAGAAGAAGAAGAAAGAUGUGCCACCCGAGAUGGCAUCUGUUCGGCAGUAUACCUCGGCGCCACUGUCUCCUUCUUUUCAUUCCGGUUGGCAAGUUUCGUCAAAUCAAAACAGCUUUCCGGCCUUGAAGCAACCGUCUCCAGCUGUAAAUAUCCUAAAAACCUGGUUUCAAGACCAAAACACGCCAAAAUCAGACGUUUCCCAAAAGAAACUUCCUAAACCUUUGCUACCAUAUAAUUUUUCACCCAAACCUGAAAAGCCCUUUCCGGUGAAACAGGAGCGCUGGUUCAAGUUACCGAAGUCUGUCUGGACUGGCUACUCCUUGUAUCCCUACUCCUACUCCACCUACCACCAAAGGAAACCCAUCGUGGGUUACUAUCCUUUCUACUUUCCUCCCAUGCCAAGACCUAAAUCCCAUUACUACCGACCUAAACCUCCUCUAACACACAACAAUUACUUUGGUAAUUCUGUGGAAGAUCCGUACAUUUUCCCUCCAAGAAGGCGCUAUCAAAGCUGGGUCCAACCUCAGCUGAGAAAAUCACCUGCCGCCCUUCAGCCUAAGUCUUUCUACUCCAGCUACUACCCACGUCCUUACUCCCAGCCAUUUCAACGAAUACCUCCAUCCCAAGCCAAUUCCCCUCCUCAGACAGCUGCUCAACGAAAGCAGUUUCUGAUCUCCGCUCUGGAACCCGCAGCAUCAAAAAACAAAGACUAUCAUAAUGGUGCAAAACAGCCAGACAGCAGUAUCCAUGACGAUGUGGAGAAAUACAUCCAGCAGAUUCUCAUGAACAGAGCACAGAGGCUGGACUGAAAUGGAAGUAAAUAAACAUUAGUGCAAGAUUCCGACAUCUUAAAGAUGAAUCAGCAGAAAGCUAUAUUUCUUUGAGAUGUUUUUGCGUUAUGUUUUUUCUAAAGGGGCAGUAUUAUGUAAAAUCAACAUUUUUGGCUUUGUUAUAAUGUUAUUUCCUCAUCAAAACCAUACCUGG